UUGAAGGCGUGCGGAGUGUCAGAUAUUUUGGAGGAUUUUCAAGCGAGGAUACGGAUAGAACUUAACCAAACAUACUCUACAAUGGCUGGAAAGUGUGACUGGUGGUCGAGCAUCACGGAUUACCAGUUCAUGAUUGGGGAUCUGCCGACCUCCGAUGAUCUGACCACCUUUAUAGGCUAUGCUGCCAUAUUCCUGGUAUCCUGGUUCGUCAUUCUCCAUGUAACCCGGUUCCUCCUCUCGCUUAUUUUUCCCCUGAUUAUGAUGUCUACGGGACUCUUGAUCAUCCGAUUUCUGCGCACCUUCAACUGCUCCGAUUUUGAAACCAUCCUCUUCGAGGCACUGAAUGUAAUUAUCGAUCUUUGUUUCGAUUCGUAUCGUAAAAUGUGGCCAAAGAUCAUGGAGUUCUUUAUAAGCAGAUGGUCUGGCAAGUAAAUUAUGCAUUGGCGAUUACAAUGGCGAAACUUCUAAUCAAAAUAGUUUGACAUUUAUAUUAAAAGAAAAAUAACUAUGUUCGAAAACUAUUCGAAAUUUAUUUUAAAAUGUAAAAAAAUUUGUUCCCGAUUGAAUACUUAUGUACAGAGAAAGUCAGAUAUAAACGCAAG